AUGAUUCCAGAUGAGCAGCCGAACGCGACGAUGGAGACGAAAGUCACCGGUCAAGGCCAGCCAAAGCGCGUCGGUCGCUGGACCCUGGCACAGCUGAGGCAGACAGAUGGUAUUAUUCCGAGCCAGGCCGGAUGGAAUAAGGGAGACUCCCAAAAGUUGAUGACAAACUUCGGUACACCAAGAAACACUUCAACUAAAGUUAAAGCUGAAAAUCUCCAGGAAAUUCCCGAAGAGAUCGCCAACCGUACCCAUGGUGAAGUGCGUCUUCAGUCCGGUACAAACAAAUUCAGUUCACAGCGUGGUAUGACUGGCUUCGGUACUGGACGUGAUGUGUGCCGAGAGGGAAAGCACGUCAACACCAAUCCCGCAGAUCUUGCUGACCUUCCCGAAGAGAAGAUUCGUCUUUCGGACGGUAUUGUUCGUCUUCAAGCUGGUACCAACAAAUACGACUCCCAAAAGGGUAUGACUGGCUUUGGAACGACCCGUCGUGAGACGACGAAGAUGUUGGACACUAAGCAUCCCGAAUACGAUCACGAGCGACCAGAUCAGUCAGAGAUUCCGCUCCAGUCUGGAACCAAUAAAUUCGCCUCACAGAAGGGAAUGACCGGUUUUGGACAACCACGUUGGGAGGUAAAAUACUCUUCAGCUUUGCAAUUCGUUAAACUUACAGUCCGCAUUUGGUCUGUUGAAUACCAAUUUCUUCCGCUUUCUCCUAUCGUCGCAUUAUUUUAUAGUAACAUAAGAGGUAUGACUGGUUUCGGUACCAUCAGGAACACAACCUACGAAGCGGAGGGCGGUGAGCUGCCUUACGAAGCCAUGAAAAUCUCCGAGACAAUCAUCCCAAGCCAGGCUGGAUGGAACAAAGGAGAUUCUCAGAAGAAGAUGACGUCCUUCGGAGCUCCACGUGACGUCAAGGGUAAACAUCUGAAGAGAAUCUGGGAGCUCGAGUAUCCCGAAGAGGCUGAGGUAUCCCUCGAUCGUCUGUAA